UGGUCGUAACCGAGUCGUGAAUCGUGAAUCAAGUAGUCAACGCACAAUUUUUGACAUACUGUGUGUCGUAUCGAUCUCUUGUGAUGACCCUAACAUGUCUACAUCAGCGGUCAUCUUUGGUAAAAUUACAAAUCAUUAACGCCACAAAUUAUAACCGUUUGAUUGUUGUGGACACGUGUUCACAACGCCGGAGUCAUGGAAAUAGGCAAGGAAAUAGAGAAGCAAAUGAUCAAUCUCGAGUUCUUAGUUCAAUUAAAAACAAGUGAAGAUAAAUGCUAUAACUUGUUGAAGAAAGUGUACAAAAAUCGCUGUAUAAGUCGUGGCUGUAUACAUGCAUAUUUUGAUGUAAUCAAUGGAAACGUGAGAGGAUCCGCUAAUCAAAAGAAAGAAAUUAAGAAGAAAAAGGAUAAGAUUAAUUUUCAGAGGGAAGUGAACAACAACAUAGGAAAUACAUCACCUAACUCACCUUUUAACCUUACUAUUCUAAGGGAGAGAUCCAAUUCCGCGGUGACUGAUUCUAUCGGCUUUUAAAAA